AUGGCGGGUCCGAGGGGUCCCCCGCCUCCCUCCCGGGGCGGGGGAGGGGGGGGCCGCUCCGGGGACACAGGGAGAGCGGACGCCGCUCUGUGCCCGGCGCCGCCGCCGCCUCCUCUGCCUCCGCGUCGCCGCUCCCGGGGCUGGCAGUCACAAUCGCCCCGGCUCCACGCGGGGCCCGCCGCCACCGCCGCCGCGCUGUCCGCUCUCACCCCACCGCCUAGCUCGGCCAACCGUCCGCAACCUCCCCUCCCCGCCCGGCCCCGCCCCGCCUCAAGCCUAGUACCCCCGCAGGGAGAGAAGGACGCUCGCAGCCCCGAGCCCCGGGUGAAACUCCAACAUGGCUUCCGCUUCCCCUCCUCCUCCUCCUCCUCCGCCUCCCCCGGCCCCCCUCCCAAGGCUCCGACUCAUCCUCCCUCCCUCCUCCCCCUUUUCCCAACUAGGAGCUACGGCGCAGCCGCCGCUGCUGCCGUGGUGAGCGAGCCCGAUCCGCGAGCCUGA